AUGAAACGAGACGAGAGAAAACGCCGCUUUAACGAAGCAAUUGUUAACACUCUAUAUCCUCCAUCUCCGCAGCAUGAACAGGACUCGGAACCAGUAAAAGACUUGAUCGAAUUGGAAUCUUACGACGACGUUAUUUCAGGCACUUUAGAUGACUGUGAAAAUGCCUCAACAAGCGGCGAAGAAGGAGGACGCGGUUAUGAGACAGAGAAACUAACAAGAGCUCAACGAAAGAGAAUUCGUAAGAAGAAGAUGAAGGAAGAAUCCAUCCUCCGUGGAAAGUUAAUUGGGCCGUUAAUGCCUCCAUCCCAAACAACACAGGCCAGGGACGAUAAUCCUCCACCUGUUCGAUCAAAUGCUUCUCAGAAAGGUGAUGAGACUACUCGUGCUAACGCCAAGGGAAUGAAGCAGCGGAGGAUGGUGAAAAGGGUUGUCAGAGAAACGCGAGAUGCCUCUGCAUUGGACAAAUGUAAUCAAAUUUCAAGUGAUGCUGUUGAUGGUAUGAAAGAAGCUCGUAAGUAA